AUGGACCACCUUAGUCUGGACAUCCUGGUGCCCUCCCGUACCAUGGGCUCUCUCUUUCUUUCUCGUUUCUUUCUCGUUUCUCUCUCUCGCCCUCUCUUGCUCUCCCAUUUCCUUCUGUCGCUGGCUCAAGCUCUCUCCCACCUGCUCCAUUAUCCACCCACGUGGGCAUCCGGGCGGCUGCAGAAGUGGACGAGCGAAUAA